CCUGUAGCCAAGACUAGCCUAUUUGGCUCUGCAGCGAAAAGUGGUGCGUUUGAAAACUUUUUAUUUUCAAUGUUACUUUACCUUGAACUUUUUUGAAACCGACAAGAUAAAGUGGUAUGAAAAGUAAUCAGGGGUAAAGGUGGAAGGUGGAAGAAUUCGUGUGCAGUACGUUUUAAAACGGUGUGCCAUACUGAACGCGACCCAGGUCAUUCUGAAUAGGCUGCUGCUGUAUUACGCAAUCGUUGACACUCUCGAGAUCCGUUUUUAAUAGAAGUCUGUGGGUAGAUCGCCAGCCUGCAAGGAUCAUAUCCCGUUUUCGCAACUUUCUUCUUUAAAUGAGGUAGGUUUCUAUCUUCACAGAAUUGUUGGUGUUUUCAAGACAACUCGGAACAUUUUACUACGUUUUUUUGCGGUGAGCUUUCUUUUAGUUGAGUUUAUCUUUCUACAACAAGUUUCCAAGUCCAAGUCGGAAAUGUCCUUGAAAGCGGCAAUAUGAAUAGGGCUUCUCUGCAUAAAUUAUAACUUCUGAAAAUAGGCUAUUGUUGACUUCAAAUCACUUUUCUCUACACUAUUAUUUUUCAACAAAACACAUAGAUGUAGCCUACUAUGACGAUCGGCAAUGAACUAGGUUGAAUAAGUCAAAUUGGUCGUGAGACAGCUACGCAGUAUGCGACAAGACAAAUUCACCAGCCUUGAUUUCAACGUCCACGGACAUAGAUUUUCAGUCCGGUUUUGGCCGAAAUGUAUAAAUCUAUGUUUGGUUCAGAUUUGGUCCGGACCGGACCAAAUCUGAUUGGGGACCGGACCAAAUCUGAACCAACCAUAGAGUACGUUUACAUGUACGCUAAUAAUUCGAUAUUAAACUGAUUAUGGCAUUAGUCAUGUAAACAUGCACCUUACUCUGCUUAUCUUGAUUUCAGAUGUGUCCAUGUAAACAUCAUUAUUAGGGAAAUAGUUAUUCUUGCAAAGCAUGUAAACGUUUUUAACCUGACUAAAUGUAAAUGUAUCCACAAUAAUUGCAUUAUUGUAUGCAUGUAACCGUGCUCAAAGACAUGUAUGUUUCACAAGUUUGGACAGCACAGUACAGGACAGUACAGGACAGGACAGGACAGGACAGGGGCCAGUUGCACUAGUUGGGCAUAAAAAAAAGUUGGUUUUAAAUGUUAGGUCGGCGUAGAUACGUCCGACUUUGGGAUCAGAGUUUACACCUGUUGCGCCAAACAAAAAUAAGACUAGUCGUAGCUAAAUCCGGCAUAAGCAAUGGGCUUUCAUGAGAUUUGAUGCUUCAUAAGGAUGGUUGCUAGGCAUCGCAGCCUCCGUUACUAGGCUGUUACCAUCCUCAUGGCAGUUCUAAACUUUGCGAGGCAUGUCCCAUCACUUCGCAAAGCCCACCACUAUGCAUGCACGUUUCCUUAACCACAACUGGAUGGAUCAAUCAAUAAUUACUGUGGGAAUAAAUAUCACCUGAAUGAUGAAUAUAUUGGAAUAAAGAAGUCUAACGCCAUUGACACACCCGUCGCUAUGGGCGGGCCAUAGGGGGCCGGGCCCGCCCCCAAAAAUGCUUGUGCCCCCCCUCCCCCACUUGAGGGAAUGUAUUAUUAAAUAUACGUACUGUAGGCUAAUAAUAAUUGUGCCCUGCCCUCCCAUGCAUUUCAUAUGCCCCCCUUAAGACUGAGGUCUGGCGACGGGUCUGGCCAUUGAAGGCAUUUAUCAGCGUUAUCGCGCUCCUUUGAGACAAGCAUGGGGACUUGUCUUGAUUAUCAAUCACUGUCCGAUUUCCGUUUGGAUAUUUGGUUACAAUUAGACUGGGAAAAUGUUAGCCAUUUAUUAGUUUUCUAAUAUCUGAUCAGAUACAUUUAUAACGCUUUAAUGUAGCACAAAUCAAGUGUAUUCUUUUGCUAUUGACUCGCGCAUAGGCACCUAGAAAAGCCAGCGGAGGUUGUGAAAUAUGAACAGGAGACUCACAUCCUUUUGAAAAUAUAGAUUGCUAUUAUUUUCUGCUGUGCAUAUCAUGAAACAAGAUAGUCCUAACUUACCAUAGGCCUGCUCCCUACUAGGUGUAGACUCCAUGCCCAGACGUAGCUCAUAGAGGAAAGAGUACAUUACAUUACAAUACAAUAGGGAUGUGGCUCAGUUGGUAGAGCAUGGCGUUUGCAACGCCAGGGUUGUGGGUUCGAUUCCCACGGGGGGCCAGUAUGGGAGGAAAAAAAAAAAUAUGCACUCACUAACUGUAAGUAGCUCUGGAUAAGAGCGUCUGCUAAAUGACUAAAAUCUAAAAUCUAGUAGAGUACAGUACAAUGCAGUAGAGCAUAGUAGAGUAAAGUAUAGUUCAGUACAGAAGAGUACAGCACAGUAGAGUAUAAUGGACUCUACUUUACUCUAAUGUACUGUGCUCUACUGAACUAAAUUGCACUAUACUCUACUGAAUUAAUCUCUACUGUACUAUACUCUACUGAAUUAAUCUCUACUGUACUGUACUCUACUGAAUUAAUCUCUACUGUACUCUACUGAAUUAAUCUCUACUGUACUCUACUUAAUUAAUCUCUACUGUACUCUACUGAAUUAAUCUCUACUGUACUAUACUCUACUGAAUUAAUCUCUACUGUACUAUACUCUACUGAAUUAAACACGACUCUACUGUACUCUACUGUACUGUGCUGUUCAAACUUAUGAUACAUACCCUAGACGUCUAUGAUUCUGGUUCGGACCGACCAAAUGUAUACUUGUUUGGGGCCGGAGCUCAUUUGAAUAAUACCCAUGCUUUGCAAGUGUUUGUUUUUAUACUGAACAAAAAUAUAAACGCAACAUGCCACAAUUUCAACGAUUUUACUGCGUUACAGUUCAUAUAAGGAAAUCAGUCAAUUGAAAUAAAUUCAUUAGGCCAUAAUCUAUGGAUGUCACAUGACUGGGCAGUGGCACAGCCAUGGGUGGGCCUGGGAGGGCAUAGGCCCACCCACUGGGGAGCCAAUCAGAAUGAGUUUUUCCCCACAAAAGGGCUUUAUUACAGACUAAAUACUCCUUAGUUUCAUUAGCUGUCCUGGUGGCUGGCCUCAGACGAUCCCGCAGGUGAAGAAGCCAGAUAUGGAGGUCCUGGGCUGGCGUGGUUACACGUGGUCUGUGGUUGUGAGGCCGGUUGGACGUACUGCCAAAUUCUCUAAAACGACUUUGGAGUCAGCUAAUGGUAGAGAAAUUAACAUUCAAUUCUCUGGCAACAGCUCUGGUGGACAUUCCUGCAGUCAGCAUGCCAAUUGCACGCUCCCUCAAAACUUGAGACAUCUGUGGCAUUGUGUUGUGUGACAGAACUCCCCUUUUUAGAGUGGACUUUUAUUGUCCCCAGCACAAGGUGCACCUGUGUAAUGAUCAUGCCAUUUAAUCAGGCUUCUUGAUAUGCCACACCUGUCAGGUGGAUGGAUUAUCUUGGCAAAAAUGAAAUGCUCACUAACAGGGAUGUAAACAAAUUUGUGCACAACAUUUGAGAGAAAUAAGCUUUUUGUGUGUAUGGAAUAUUUCGGGGAUCUUUUAUUUCAGCUCAUGAAACAUGGGACCAACACUUUACAUGUUGCGUUUAUAUUUUUGUUCAGUGUACAUUUACAUUUUGGUCAUUCAGCAGACAUUCUUAUACAGAGCGACUUCCAGUCAAUGUUAUUGUAGUUGAACUGGUCUGUUGGUUUGUGCUGAACAUCAUCGUUGCCAGUUUUAAAGCUUUUGAAGAAGCAUAAGAUGUGACAGAUGGAAUAAUAAUAAAUAUUCUAUGUUGCAAUCUUCAUUUGGCUCGUCUUUCCUAUAUUAAAUGUACAGUAUGUGCAGUUGGGAUUUGGCCAAUGUCUCUAAUGAGCUCUUUUUAACUUUUAUUCAGAACCGAAAAUUAACCUGUUUUUUUAACGUCCGGAAAAAUACGCAUUUUCAACAUCCAGAAAAUGUAACUGAUUUCAACGUCCAGAAAAGUAUUUUCAACGUAAUUUUGCUUACUAGGAAUAGCCUACUAUCAAAUCAAAUCAAAUCAAAUUUUAUUUGUCACAUGCGCCAAAUACAACAUGUGUAGACCUUACUGUGAAAUGCUUACUUACAAGCCCUUAACCAACAAUGUAGUUUUAAGAAAAUAGAGUUAAGAAAAUAUUUACUAAAUAAACUCAAGUAAAAAAAAAUAUAUAUAUAGAUAUAAAGGUGCUUGUUGUUACGUUUGCACACAUGCGCCUUCUGCUGUACUGUCCUUUGACUACACUGCCUGUCAAUAAUCUGUCACUAUCGGCCUAUGCUGUCAUUGUAACUGAAUUCUGACUUUGAAUCCAUUAUAGAGAUACAUAAGGGAAUACAUGGCUACAGUGACAGUGGUGCAUCGGCAGCCAGCCCUGUGGAGGCAGUGCCAUAGGACUGCUGGUAUUGGCGUCUGUCAUCUCCACACCAGCAGCAGUCGCACCUCCUCCAAAGAGCACUACAAGGUCCUGGUGCUGGGAGGAGGAAGUGGUGGCAUCACCAUGAGCGCUCGGAUGAAGAGGAAGCUAGGGGCGGAACAUGUGGCCAUAGUGGAACCCAGUGAGGUAUUAAAGACAGUUGUUCAUUCCCAAUAGCGGCGAUGCUGGAGGAGCCUACAGUCAAUCCAAAGUGCCUUCAGGAAGUAUUCAUACCCCUUGACAUAUUCCACAUUUUGUUGUGUUACAGCCUGAAUUCAAAAUGGAUUAAAUAAACCCUAACCCUAAACACAACAUCCCAUAAUUGCUCAUUUAUUGAGAAGGAAAUAUAGAAACAUCUCAUUUACAUACAGUACCAGUCAAAAGUUUGGACACACCUACUCAUUCCAGGGUUUUUCUUAAUUUUUUUACUAUUUUCUACAUUGUAGAAUAAUAGUGAAGACAUCAAAACUAUGAAAUAACAGAUAUGGAAUCAUGUAGUAACCCCAAAAAGUGUUAAAGUCUUUCUGGGUAAGUCUCCAAGAACUUUCCACACCUGGAUUGGGCAACAUUUGCCAAUUAUUUAUUUUCAAAAUUCUUCAAGCUCUGCCAAAUUGGUUAUUGAUCAUUGCUAGACAACCAUUUUCAGGUCUUGCCACAGAUUUUCAAGUAGAUUUAAGUCAAAACUGUAACUCGGCCACUCAGGAACAUUCACUGUCUUCUUGGCAAGCAACUCCAGUGUAGAUUUGGACUUGUGUUUUAGGUUAUUGUCCUGCUGAAAGGUGAAUUCAUCUCCCAGUGUCUGGUGGAAAGCAGACUGAACCAGGUUUUGCUCUAGGUUUUUUGCCUGUGCUUAGCUCCAUUCCGUUUGUUUUAUGUCUUGAAAAACUCCCCAGUCCUUAACGAUUACAAGCAUACCCAUAACAUGAUGCAGCCACCACUAUGCUUGAAAAUAUGGAGAAGGGUACUCAGUAAUGUGUUGUAUUGGAUUUGCCCCAAACAUAACAAUUUAAAGUCAGUUGCUUUGCCACAUUUUUUGCAGUUUUACUUUAGUGCCUUGUUGCAAACAGGAUGCAUGUUUUGGAAUAUUUGGAUUCUGUACAGGCUUCCUUCUUUUCACUCUGUCAUUUAGGUUAGUAUUGUGGAGUAACUACAAUGUUGUUGAUCCAUCCUCAGUUUUCUCCUAUCACAGCCAUUAAACUCUGUAACUGUUUUAAAGUCACCAUUAGCCUCAUGGUGAAAUCCCUGAGCGGUUUCCUUCCUCUCCGGCAACUGAGUUAGGAAUGACGCCUGUAUCUUCGUAGUGACUGGGUGUAUUGAUACACCAUCCAAAGUGUAAUUAAUAACUUCACCAUGCUCAAAGGGAUAUUACCGUAACGAAGGGGUUGAAUACUUAUUGACUCAUGACAUUUCAGCUUGUCAUUUGUAAUGAAUUAGUUAAAAAAAAAAUCAAAACAUAAUUCCACUUUGACAUUAUUAUGUGACACAAAAAAAAUCUCUAUUUAAACAAUUUUAAAUGAAGGCUGUAACACAACAAAAUGUGGAAAAAGUGAAUGGUGUGAAUAAUUUCUGUAGUCCACUACUUGACCAGGGCCCAUAGUGCAUUCUUAUAGGGAAUAGGGUUGCUAUUUGGGACGUCCCCAGGCUAUUGGGGAUGAACCUGUAGCCCCGUGUCUGGUGCAUUGGGACUACAUAUUGAGCAGAAUUCUUCCUCUGUGGUUUUAUAGAUGCACUAUUAUCAGCCCAUCUGGACAUUGGUUGGUGCUGGGGCCAAAGGCUUGGCCUCUUCCGGUCGCCCUACUGCCAGCGUCGUGCCGUCUGGAGUCAAGUGGGUUAGAUCCAGGGUUCAGGAGGUCAACCCAGACACAAACACUGUGCGCACAGACAACGGCAUGGAGGUAGGUAGGGCUUUUUUUUUUUUUUUUUACGUUCCUAUCGUUUAUUUCAUUUAAUACGUGUUGAUUGUAUUGAUCAAACGUAAUUAUUGGGCUUGGUAUCAACGCGAGCAAGGCAAAGGUCUAUAAUCGAAUCUAUUUUGCCCACCUUUUUCUGGCAACAUCAGAUGCUAUAGAGAUCCUCUUGAUAUGAAACGGGUCUUGAUAUGCAACUAUCCAAAUGUCAAUUAAAUCAAUUCAGCUUUACAUGUCCCAUGCAAGGAAGUAGGCGUACAAUAAUUGACUGAAACGUACUGACUGAAACGUAUUGUCUUCCCUGUAACAGAUCUCCUACGAAUAUCUGAUAGUGGCACUAGGUCUACAGCUACACUAUGAGAAGGUAAUGAUGCAAUAGAAUGUUUCUUUCACUUCCUAAAUAUUGUUUCAACAUAAGAUUUACCGUAUAUAGUGUAGCAACCCGCUUGGACAGUUACAGUUGAAGUCGGAAGUUUACACACACUCAGGUUGGAGUCAUUAAAACUCGUUUUUCAACCACUCCACAAAUUUCUUGGUUAACAAACUAUAAUUUUGGCAAGUCGGUUAGGACAUCUACUUUGUGCAUGACACAAGUAAUUUUUCCAACAAUUGUUUACAGACAGAUUAUUUCACUUAUAAUUCACUGUAUCACAAUUCCAGCGGGUCAGAAGUUUACAUACACUAAGUUGACUGUGCCUUUGAACAGCUUGGAAAAUUCCAGAAAAUUAUGUCAUGGCUUUAGAAGCUUCUGAUAGGCUAAUUGACAUAAUUUGAGGACCAUGCAGGACAUUCUGUCUCCUAGAGAUGAAUGUACUUUGGUGCGAAAAGUGCAAAUAAAUCCCAGAACAACAGCAAAGGACCUUGUGAAGAUGCUGGAGGAAACAGGUACAAAAGUAUCUAUAUCCACAGUAAAACGAGUCCUAUAUCGACAUAACCUGAAAGGCCGCUCAGCAAGGAAGAAGCCACUGCUCCAAAACCGCCAUAAAAAAGCCAGACUACGGUUUUCAACUGCACAUGGAGACAAAGAUCGUACUUUUUGGAGAAAUGUCCUCUGGUCUGAUGAAACAAAAAAAUAACUGUUUGGCCAUAAUGACCAUUGAUAUGUUUGGAGGAAAAAGGGGGUACUUGCAAGCCGAAGAACACCACCCCAACUGUGAAGCACGGGGGUGGCAGCAUCAUGCUGUGGGGGUGCUUUGCUGCAGGAGGGACUUGUGCACUUCACAAAAUAGAUGGCAUCAUGAGGAAGGAAAAUUAUGUGGAUAUAUUGAAGCAACAUCUCAAGACAUCAGUCAGGAAGUUAAAGCUUGGUCACAAAUGGGUCUUCCAAAUGGACAAUGACCCCAAGCAUACUUCCAAAGUUGUGGCAAAAUGGCUUAAGGACAACAAAGUCAAGGUAUUGGAGUGGCCAUCACAAAGCCCUGACCUCAAUCCUGUAGAACAUUUGUGGGCAGAACUGAAAAAGCGUGUGCGAGCAAGGAGGCCUACAAUCCUGACUCAGUUACACCAGCUCUGUCAGGAGGAAUGGGUCAAAAUUCACCAAACUUAUUGUGGGAAGCUUGUGGAAGACUACCUGAAACGUUUGACCCAAGUUAAACAAUUUAAAGGCAAUGCUACCAAAUACUAAUUGAGUGUAUGUAAACUUCUGACCCACUGGGAAUGUGAUAAAAUAAAAAAAGCUGAAAUAAAUCAUUCUCUCUACUAUUAUUCUUGUCACGCCCUGACUCUGGGGACUCUUAUUUGUUGAGUCAGGGUGUGUAUUUUCUAUGUGGUGUAGGUCUAUGUUAUAAGUCUAGUAUGUCUAGAUCUAUGUUGGCCGGUGUGGUUCCCAAUCAGAGGCAGCUGUAGCUCGUUGUCUCUGAUUGGGGACCAUACUUAGGCAGCCUAUUGGCACUAGUGGGUUGUGGGACCUUGUUCUGUAUAAGGUUUGUUGUGUUACCUUAGGCGGAGUGAAGGGCCAUGUCACAGGUGGGCAAGUUGUGGUCAUGGGAAGAGAUAUUUGCGGGGAAAGGACCAUGGGCUAAGGUAGAUGCCCAGGCAGGAGAGGAGCAACGGCAACACGGAGGAGGCCGGUCAAGGAGGAAGCCCGAGAGGCAGCCCCAACAAAAAAAAUUGGGGGGUCACACGGGGGUGGUUGGCGGAGCCUAGGGUUAGAGCAGAGCCAACUCCCCGUACUCACGCGAGAAGGCGUAUGACUGGGCAAGCUCUGUGUUAUGCGGAGCUACGUACUGUGUCGCCAGUGCGCCGGCACAGUCCUGUACGUCCUGUGCUUGCACCACGCACGUGCCGUGCGAAGAUGGGCAUCCAGCCAGGACGGGGUGUGCCGGCUCAACGCUCCUGGUCUCCAGUACGCCUCCUCGGUCCCGCAUAUCCUGCGGCAGUUCUACGAGCUGUAUCGCCAGUGCGCGUGCACAGCCCAGUGCAUCCUGUGCCAGCGCCCCGCACGUGUAGUGCGAAAGUGGGCAUCCAGCCAGGAUGGGUUGUGCCAGCUCUCCGCUCCAGACCUCCAGUCUGCCUUCGCAGUCCAGUCCGGCCCGUUCCGGCUCCUCGCACCAAGCCAGUGGUGCGCGUCGCCAGCCCGGCCAGGCCCAUUCCUGCUCCUCGCACCAAGCCAGUGGUGCGCGUUGCCAGCCCGGCCCGGCCUGUUCCUGCCCCUCGCACCAAGCCAGUGGUGCGCGUCGCCAGUCCGGUCCGGCCUGUUCCUGCCCCUCGCACCAAGCCAGUGGUGCGCGUCGCCAGCCCGGCCCGGCCUGUUCCUGCCCCUCGCACCAAGCCAGUGGUGCGCGUCGCCAGCCCGGCCUGUUCCUGCUUCUAGCACCAAGCCAGUGGUGCGCGUCGCCGGCCCGGCCUGUUCCUGCUCCUCGCACUAAGCCAGUGGUGCAUGUUCCUAGUCCGGUUUGGCCCGUGCCUGCUCCUCGCACCAGACCAGUGGUAAGUGUGUCCAUUCCGGCACGGCCGAGGUCCAGACCAGACCAGGGGCGCAACAGGGAGGCGGAGAAUAGGUGGUUGUCACGCCCGGAGCCGGAUCCGCCUCCGAGGCAGAAUGCCCACCCGGCCCCUACCCUAUUAAGUAAAGGUUGUGCGGUCGGAGUCCGUACCUUUGGGGGGGGGGGGUACUGUCACGCCCUGACUCUGGGGACUCUUAUUUGUUGAGUCAGGGUGUGUAUUUUCUAUGUGGUGUAGGUCUAUGUUACAAGUCUAGUAUGUCUAGAUCUAUGUUGGCCGGUGUGGUUCCCAAUCAGAGGCAGCUGUCGCUCGUUGUCUCUGAUUGGGGACCAUACUUAGGCAGCCUAUUGGCACUAGUGGGUUGUGGGACCUUGUUCUGUAUAAGGUUUGUUGUGUUACCUUAGGACUUUGCGUGUCGUUAGUUUAUUGUUUUGUUUUGUGUUUAUUCGUGUAAAUAAACAUGUUUGCAUAUCACGCUGCGCCUUGGUCUGACCCGUCCGUCAACGAUCGUGACAAUUCUGACAUUUCACAUUCUUAAAAUAAAGUGGUGAUCCUAACUGACCUAAGACAGGGAAUUUUUACUAGGAUUAUAUGUCAGGAAUUGUGAAAAACUGAGUUUAAAUGUAUUUGGCUAAGGUGUAUGUAAACAUCCGACUUCAACUGUACGUGUUCUGAUGUUCUGAUGUUGUGUUGUUGUGUGGUUAUCAGGGCACGUUUAUCAGUUAGUUAUUAUCAGUUCAUUAUUUGGACUACGGCCAAACAGCAGCCUGUGUGAUUUCUGGUUAAUAAACCGUUCAAUUAGAGAAUUAGUUCCUCUGUUGCAGACGUUCUUUUAUUCAUGGUAUAUCGAGGUUGUUACAAUUGUAUGCGUCAGUCUCUGCCACUGAUACCAUCUUUUGGUCUCUCACAAUGACUUUCUAGAUCAAGGGCCUGCCUGAGAUUAAAGAUUGGGUGAAAUUUAAGAUUGGUUCAAACUACUCUGUGAAAACCGUGGAGAAGACUUGGAGUGCACUGCAGAACUUCAAGGAGGGAAAUGCUAUAUUCUCUUUCCCCAACACUCCGGUGAAGUGUGCAGGAGCACCACAGAAGAUCAUGUACCUGACCGAUGCUUAUCUCAGAAAGGUAUUAUAAUACUAAUGAUCCAAAAUGCAUCAGAUAAAACUUUAUAAACAGGUAUUAUGAUGAAUCUCCAUUUUGUCGAAAGUAUUCUCUGGGUCAUGUUCAUUAGUGCACACUUUAGCAAAACAUUUUGCAACGGAAUUGUUUCUUAUUGGACAUGUUCAGAUAAUAUCGUCCUGUUCAAAGUGUUUUCUUCCAUUUCGUACCUACUGAACACGACCCAACUUUCAUCUGUGUGAUAUCCGUUCUCAAAAACAUAAUGGGUUAUUCUGAUCUGAUCCCUCUCGAAGACAGGAAAAAGGGCUACUGCCAACGUCAUGUACAACACAUCACUGCCAGUGCUGUUUGGGAUCAAGAAAUAUGCAGAUGCACUGUGGGAGAUAGUGAAGAAUCGCGACAUCCAGGUGAAUCUCAGACGCAACCUCAUCGAGGUCCGGGCCGACAGGCAGGAGGCCGUGUUUGAAAACCUCGACAAUCCCGGAGAAAUCGAAGUGUUUGAGGUAAGUUCCAGGUAGCCUGGUCCCAGAUCUGUUUGUGCUGUGUUGCCAACUCCUAUGCCUAUGGUCAUUAUCAUGUAUCACAACGACCGUAGGAGUUAGCAAGACAACACAGACAUAUCUGGGACCAGGCUAAGUUCCAGGCAGCUAUGAUGUAGAAAUGGAGAACACAGAAUGGUAGUUCAGAGGGGUUUGUUUGCACUUCUGCAACAGAUUAUCUAAGAUGACGUAGAAGCCUGAUGCUAAGAAACAAACAUUCCAGAAUUAUUCAUAGCUAUCAGAGCAUUCACUGGGAAACAACAACAUAGUCGUAGUUGUAUGAUUUCAUUUGUUUGUGCUCAUUUUCAGUCAAUGAAUCAAGCUUGUCUUUCUUUCCGUCAGUAUGAGAUGCUUCAUGUCACUCCUCCAAUGGGACCCAACCCGGUGGUUAAAGGAUCCUCAUUGGCUGAUGAAGGUGGCUGGCUGGACGUCAACAAAGACACCCUUCAACAUAACAAGUAUCCCAAUGUGUUUGGGAUCGGAGACUGCACCAACCUGCCGACAGCCAAAACAGCUGCUGCGGUGGGUAAGUAGUUUCAGUUCUUCUAUUUUUCCACUACAAAAAAUAACAGUGCUACCACAACAAAACACCAUGUUAGGGGAAACGACUCUUGCAAAACGUUUGUUAUGGUAUUUGCCUGCCCACUUGCAAGGUUGAAAACCUGUACCUACAGUCAGGUCCAUAAUGAUUGGCACCCUUGAUAAAGAUGACCAAAAAAGACUGUAUAAAAUAGAUAAUACAAAUACUGAGCGAUAUUGUAUGCUAAAAAAUAAUUGGGGAAUUAUAUUAUUUGUUUGUACUACUUGUUAAACAAAAUCUAUUUCUCUGAGCAAGUGUAUUGGUAUAAAAUAAUUUAAUUUCAAUAUUUUUUUAGCAUACAAUAUAGCUCACUAUUCGAAUUAUUUAUUUUAUACAGUCAUUUUUUGCUCAUCUCUAUCAAGGGUGCUAAUAAUUAUGGACCUGACUACAUGUAGUAUAUUUUCUAUUGAGCGUGGGGAAGAGCAUAAGAACGUGACAUGGUGUAUUUUAUUUCCAGCUGCCCAGUCUAGUAUUCUGGACAGAACAAUUUCAAAAGUCUUAAAGAAUGAAAAGCCGGAUAGGAAGGUAUGUUACCUAACCUAACACUAAUUCAACUAAACCUAACCUCUUUUUUUAAACAAUUACAAAUACGUUGCGUAUUUAGUUUUUUUCAUAAUCUACAAGAUAAUACGUUGCUGCAAUACUUGUGUUUACAGUAUGACGGCUACACGUCCUGCCCUUUGGUGACGAGCUACAGUACUGUCAUUCUGGCUGAGUUUGACUAUAAUGGGCAGCCAUUGGAGACGUUCCCCAUUGACCAAAGCAAGGAGAGAAGGACCAUGUACCACAUGAAAGCUGACGUGAUGCCUCAUCUGUACUGGCAUGGUCUCCUCAAGUAAGUACCUGUCAAAGAGAAUUCCUGGGUUGUGUUCAUUAGGCACCAAAAUGGGAAAAACUGACUGAAACAGGGAGCGAUUAACCAAUAAGAUACCCUUAUUUUCAUUUUCUGUUGCAAAACGUUUUCAAUUGUUUUCUGUUGUGUGCCCUAAUAAACACAACCCUUUUAUGUAGACUAAAGUGGCAGGAAGUAAACAUUAAAUUGAUCUUUUUGGUGGGUAAUAAUAGUCUUAAAUGUAAAUCUGAUCUUUUUCCAAAGGGGAUUCUGGGGUGGACCAGGACCAUACAGGAAAAUCAUGCACCUUGGGAUGAAAUAAACGUUAUAACCAAUUCAGAUGUGCUGUUCCAGACUGCUACAAUGUAAUCAUUACAAUAACCAUGAUCAUUUCAU